UGUGUGACACUGACUUCCUGCUCUUAAAACCACAAAAAAUGUUUUGUCAGUAAUCAGCUUUUAUUGUCUGCUUGGUAAAUUGUCGUUUUCAUGAGGUUUAUUUAUCUCACUUUUAUUACAGAUAUUGGAAUAAAAAAAUUUUGUUCCACCCAUAUUAUACAUACACAACACCUAAUUCACAUGUUUCUUUAUUUUACCAAUCUUUAUACCUGUGUCAUAUAAUGUAAUGGUGUCCUUUCAGGUCAACAGCAAUGGUUGUUGUGGCAUUUGUAGCUGCUACAGAUUUGAGGAUCCUAAUGGAGGAGCUGUCACGUGAACCAUCACCUCCUCGCCAGUGGAUCGGCAGUGAGUCCUGGGUAACCAACCAAGAUUUGCUGAGGUUCAGCUUCUGUGCUGGAGCCAUUGGAUUUGGGAUUCAGCGAUCUGUCAUUCCAGGUGUGAGAGAAUUCUUGCUGGAUCUCUCUCCCACCAAAGUGGCUGCGUCUCCAGUGCUUACUGAGUUCUGGGAGGAGGCAUUCAACUGCAGGCUGGGAAAAACUGCAGCCGUGGAUGAGAGAGUGUGUGAUGGAUCUGAAGACAUACAGACGCUCCAGAGCCAAUACACUGACACAUCUCAGCUCCGAAUCACUAACAUGGUGUACAAGGCUGUUUAUGCAAUAGCACAUGCCAUUCAUAAUUCAGUGUGUCAGGAAACAAAUUCUACAACUCAGUGCGACAAAACCACCAGGAUAGAGUCCAAACAGCUUCUCACUCAGCUGACGAAAGUAAAUUUUUCCCAAAAUGGUUAUGAUGUGUCAUUUGAUGCCAAUGGGGAUCCUGUGGCCACAUAUGAGCUGGUUAACUGGCAGAAAAGUGAAAGCGGCAGCCUUGAGUUGGUGACAGUAGGUUUCUAUGAUGCAUCACUGCCGGCGGGCCAGGAGUUCAGUAUCAACAGGAACCUCACCUGGAUGGAAGGUAGAACACAAGUCCCUGUGUCAGUGUGCAGUGACAGCUGUCCUCCAGGAACUCGUAAAGUGCUGCAGAAAGGAAAACCCAUCUGCUGCUAUGAUUGUAUACUGUGUCCUGAGGGAGAGAUUAGCAAUGCUACAGAUUCUCCUGAUUGUUUCCCUUGUCCCAAGGAGUUCUGGCCUAAUGCAGAGAGAGACUCUUGUCUCCCCAAACCUGUAGAGUUUCUGUCCUUUGACGAGGUCCUAGGAAUCAUCCUGGCUGCAUUCUCAGUUGCUGGUGCCUGUCUUGCCAUUAUAACAGCGGCUGUGUUCUUUCAUCACAGGACAUCCCCGAUUGUCAGGGCCAACAACUCUGAGCUGAGCUUCCUGCUGCUCUUCUCCCUGACUCUCUGUUUCUUAUGUUCAUUAACUUUCAUUGGAGCACCCACUGAGUGGUCCUGCAUGCUGCGCCACACAGCAUUUGGGAUCACCUUCGUCCUCUGCAUCUCUUGUGUUCUUGGGAAAACAAUAGUUGUGCUGAUGGCCUUCAAAGCUACACUCCCAGGUAGUAACGUCAUGAAAUGGUUUGGUCCUCCACAGCAAAGAAUGACUGUGGUGUCUUUUACAUUUGUUCAAGUUUUAAUAUGUACCAUUUGGUUGGUUCUUAGUCCCCCUUUUCCAAAGAAAAACCUGACCACAUACAAAGAGAGGAUCAUCCUGGAGUGUGCAUUGGGCUCAGAUAUUGGGUUCUGGGUUGUGCUCGGGUACAUCGGCCUGCUGGCUGCCUUUUGCUUAGUGUUAGCUGUCUUAGCCCGCAAACUACCUGAUAAUUUUAAUGAAGCCAAGCUUAUCACCUUCAGCAUGUUGAUAUUCUGUGCAGUGUGGAUCACCUUUAUCCCAGCGUAUGUCAGCUCUCCUGGGAAAUUUACUGUGGCUGUGGAGAUUUUUGCCAUUCUGGCCUCCAGUUUUGGAUUGAUUCUGUGUAUAUUUGCUCCAAAGUGUUUCAUCAUAUUGUUUAGGCCAGAGAAGAACACCAAGAAAUUUUUAAUGAACAAAACUUAAUGUAAGACAUCUGAUAUAAUAAAUAAUUAUCGGCCCAAGGUACCAUAGGGCUACGUCAUUCACACAUUGAAUCUUGCUGGUUUAAAAAUGUAUGUGCAUGAUUUAGAAUGACAUAUUUUCUAGAUUUCUGUAAAAUAUUUAAAUAUCCUUUGAGAUACUUAAAUUUAAAAUUUAAUCAGAGUUUGAACAUAUUGUUCAAAUUCUGAUUUCCUCUGCCAAGGGGUUCGUCUUUUGAGUCUGUUUUCCUUUGUUUUUCUGUUUGUCAACAUGACUACACAGAACUUUGUGGAAGGGUGAAAUAAUGACAAAGGAAGAACCCACUAAAUAUUGGAUUGGAACUGAGUCACAGGGAUUGUUUCUUAUUUUGUUUCAUGUUUGUGUGAGUAAGGGCCGUGAGCCCUUGGCAGGAUACUUUCUAUACAUUUUUUGCCAGACUCCAGUCCUGACCUCCAGACUCAUGACUCGUCUUCUGGAUAAAUCCACCAAUGUUGACAGUCUCCAGAGUAGUCCAACCAAAACCAUCAGCUUCCUGGCCAACCUCCAGAGGAUUUCCAUUUUCACUGCAGUCAUCCUCAUGAGUGGCAUUGCAUGU